UCGAGUUAGUCGCGCGCGCAAUAUCGACGCCGAAAGAUGCGUAUGCGCACUAUCAAAGAACAUUCUAUGUUCAAUUAUUUAUCGUGUAAUCGUUCAUUGUUUUUGUGUUUAAUUACAUAAUAAAAAUAUUAUUUUAUGAAUAAAAUAAUGUUACAAAAAUAUAGGUUUUUUUUAAUGUGACAAGUGAGAAAUAGUGUAUAAUAGAAAUAGUGUAGUUGUAGAUGAAUUUUAUAGUUAAAAAAGCUCAAAAUUAUAAUAUGUGACGUAAUUAAUAAUAAUUGAAUAACACUUAAAGUGUCAUUUAUUCGUGAAAUCAUAGUCAUUACGUGUCGAAAUAUUUGUGAAGGUUGUGGUGCCAAAAACACGCACAGUGGGUGUCGUUUAUAUUUGUAAAUGUUCUCUAAAUAAGUAUUUACGCUGUAAUAAAACAUGGUAGCUGCAUUAGAAGUAGGCGAAAGGACGAACAAUAAUUUCUUUAAAUCUUUUCUUCCCGCUGUAAACUCACCAACGAUUCCUCAUCGGGAUGUUUCGGGGACAUCGACAACAACGUAUCGUCCUUAUAAUGAAGAAUAUGCAUCCAUACCGCGUCGAGUUGAAAGACCAGUUCAAACUGAGGUUGAAGCAGAACGCAUCAAAAAAGAUAAAAAAUGGUCGAUUGGAAAACUAUUCAGAAGAAAGAAAAAAGAUGAAGAAAGUGGUUCGUCAUCGGAAAGCGACGAGGGCGUUAGUACGAGAUCUCCGUCUAAAAGGAAAGCCAAGAAGAAGAAGAAAACACCAGCCUUGAAUAAUUUCGAUCAUAUAGUUGUUAGAGACUCAAGAAGGGCUCAAAGUUUAGCAAAACCAACUGUUCGCGAUAUUACGGAUGAUGGUGUUCUGUCCGAUCCUUCGGCAGGGUUUCUUAAUUAUCGCGCAAAAACUCAUUUAUAUGGAGCAUCGAAAGAGUCUCUAAGCUUGAAAGAUGACAACUCAAAUCGUACUUUGAGAACGGGAUUAGAAACUCCGUCAAGAAAAACAAGGAAAGGUAGAUUGAAAGCUCGUGUUGAAGCCUUAAGAAAUAGUAUGAGAGGUGAAUCAAGUAGUGACGAAGAAUCAUUAAAGUCUUCUAAUUCUUCAUCCAUGAUUCGAUUUAGAAGCGACGAUUCGUUAAUGCGAUCUCGUGAUAGUUCGCUGAACAAAAGAACCAGAAGUGCAAGAAACGAACGAUAUGUGAAGAGAUUAUCACGAGAUGAAGAGAACCAACUUAACAAAGAAGCUGAAUUAAUACAACAAGGUUACACAAAAGCCGAAGUCGAGAUGUUAACAAGAACACCUACAAGUCAAAGUAGUGGUUAUGGAACUUGUAAACGGGAACAAAAUAACAAAAUUACACAAGAUUCUAGCUAUAUUAGUGACGUACACUCCCGUCCUCUAAAAUCUGACUCAGUAUCUUCAUUUCCAUCAACUCAAAGUUAUCCAUCAUCUAUUAAUUUUAACGCAAAAGUUAACAAUGAACUAAUAAACUAUUCCAUACAGUGUCCAAAUAAUAUUAUAAAUAGAGAACCACUUUAUGCCAAUAAUAACAGAGAAAGGAGUGUCAGUAAUCAUUAUGAGAAACCUGAUAAUGUGAUGUGUGUUAAAUUUCCAUUAGGAAAUGUUACUAACAUAAAAAGAGAAGACAGAGCUCCGCCAGUACCACCCCCUCGAGACAUGCAAAGAAAGGUCGCCACGCCUUUAUCAAUGUAUUAUGAAAAUAAUUCUGUAAUGACCGAUAGAAUGGGAAGUAAUCAAAAUAUAAUGCAUGGUGUGCCUAACAAUGAUUUUGAUAGAAUCAUGAGAAGAAGUCAGGAAAGAUCUAUAAGUCAAGGAUUUAAUGGAUUAAGACGUCCAAUUUCAACAUCUGAGGAUCAUAUCGCUAUGCAAAACAAUGAUUUUCAGCACAGUUUUCAGUAUAAAAAUGAUCAACCUCGUAGGCCAGCUUCUGUAUCAGCAGAACCCAACCAUUAUGGACUGUAUGCUAAUACACCUCCUUGGAGAAAAAAAGUUGAACAAUCAACUAUUAUCAGACCAGAGCCUGUUCAGUUACGACAAGACUACUUAUAUUAUGCUGAUCAAAGUCCUAGAUCUCGACGACCAAUAAGCAUUAAAUCUAGUCAAAAUGGUUAUGAAAAUCAAUAUUUAAGUGAUUCUCAAGCGACAUUAGGCAUCACUGAAAAUAUAUACAGAAAGCCUCGAAAUGCAUCAGAGUUUUGGAGAAAAAUUGAUGAUGCUGAAAGACAACGAAAACAACAAGGAAUUUUUUCAAAUUCUAGAAGUAAAAGUGAUUAUACCAACAAUAUGCAUACAAAUAAAAUGGCAUAUGUAGAUCAAAAUAAAAUAAAUUUAAAUAAAUCCGAGAAAUCAGAUAUUCAGAAUAAAAAUAAAAUUGAAUUUAGAACUCAGUCUGUAGACACUACAGAUGGUGCGAAAAUUUGGAAAGCUACAACUGAAUAUAAAAGAUCUGUGACUGUAGAACCACCCAAAACAAUAAUAUCGCCAAAUUCAAAAACUCAUGUGAGACAUAAGUCAGAUACAUUUAUUCCGAAUUCAUAUACUCAAAUGACAUCUGACGAUGAAAAAAGCUCUGAACGAAGAAAAUCUACAAAUCUUGACGAUGCUCUUAACGAAUUAGAAGCAAUUUAUAACAGUUUAGGAUUAGGUGACGAAGAUUUAUUAGACAGAGCUGAACGUCGCGAGUUAAUGACUCCAAAGUUCAAUGACCACUUUAAUGAUUGGAAUGGUAAUGAUGAUGAUAUACAAUUACGUAGUCAGCCAACGACACCAUUGAGACGUGUACCAAGGCGGUCCACAUUACCUGAUAAAUUGCAAGAUGACAUGGCGUUCCGAAGAAUGAAUUCACUUACAAAAGAUAAGUCAAAUUAUAAAGAUACACAAGCACAAAUUAGUUAUAUGUUAGCUUCACCUGUAUAUGUACCAUAUGCAUCAGAUGACGAUAAAAAUUCUGAUCAUCGCAAUGAGCCAGAUAUAGUUCACGACGAUGUUGUUUAUAGAAAUAUCAAACAAACAAAUAACCGUUUAAAAACUCUUGACCCUCAACCGCCCUUUGGUAUUCCCCUAGGGCCAGUAACACCUGCUCCACAAAGUGAUUAUUUACAUGCGACACCUGAAAAUAAAACUAGAUCACGAUUUGUUCCCAGGAAGUCACCUGAUCUAGUAUCCGAUGAUUUAGCAUACCGAAAUCUUAGAAAAGAUAACAGACAUUCUACAUUAUUUAAUGGCGAUGAUUACAAUAUUCAUGUUAAUAAUAACCAGAGCUAUACUGAAUUUCCUUUUACAAAGGAAUCAGUUGCUAGCUUAAAAAAGAAGCGAGCAGUAAGAUCUCUCUCAGCUAAUAUAUUUACUAUGAUACAGAAAGAAAUUGAUGAAGCAGUAAACAUGAGCAAGAUGGCUACAUUACAAAAAACGAAUAGUAAUAGUGAUGUGAUGCGACGUCUUCGAGAAACUUUCGAAAAUAAUGACAACGAACAGGAUUAUUAUCCGCGUAAUAAGGUAAAACACAGACACAAUACUGUCAGUCUCUUUGUCAAUAACACUCAUACACCCACCUCUCAUUUCGCAAAAGAUGACACUUACAUUCAUAAUGACGAUAAAUAUCUCGCUAAACCUCCAUCUUAUGAUAAGUCCAAAAGCUCAUCACCUUCAAAUAGGUCACCACAAUCAUCUAAACGAUCAUCUAAAGAUGAAUUUCAGCAAGUGCUCAGUAUGCUUGCCCAGGAAGCCAUGGAUACUAGUAAUAAACUAGGAGUAGCUUUGGCUGAAUUGGAUAAAAAUAGGAAUAAUACAGAAAAGAAAUCAGAUAUUCAAAGUAAAAUCUCAGAUAGUAGAUUGAACUUUUUAAAUGGUUUAACUGGAAGAUCAUUAGAUGAUCCGAGUUCAGAAGAAGUAAAGAUUGUUAAUAUCCAUUCUGAGAUUGUCGAACCAAAUGAUAAGUAUAGUAAUAGAAUAAAUCAACAAACCAAAGCCAAAAAGACAGAGGACAGUCUAUUAGCCAUAUCAGAUCAAUUACAUAAGGUUGAAGACCAACUCAAACAUAGCUUCGAAAAGGAACUAAAAUUUGAGGAUGAAAGUUUGCGGCUUUCUAAGUAUAUAACAAAAGCUGAAGAACAGUUGAAGGCUGAAGAAUCAACAGUAGUACCUACUGAUAAUAAAUUAGUACCGGAUGUUGUACCAUUAAAUAUUAAAAACGAUGCUGUAAAAGUCGAGAAUAUUGGCGAGUCUACAAACAAACAGGAAAAUAAUGUCGUUCCUGAAAUUAAUUCACUUAAUCCCUUUUUAAACAUCGAUGAUAAGAUCAAGGAAAUUAAUGAAAUAAACGCUUUCAAAGAAUUAAAAGACGGAAUUUCGGAUUUGAUAGCUGGAAUUACACAAGUUAAUGAAAAAUUAUUAAUAUCUAAGUCAUCUAAACCAGAAAAUAAUAGUACAAAUAAUGAAAAAAUUACAGGAAUAACAGAAGCUAGUGAAAAACUUAACCGGGUGACUCAAAAUAUUUCUAGGCAAGAAUUAUCUAAUAGAGGUUCUGUUAAUUUAUCAAUAUACGAAGAUGACUUAGAUAUUAAAAAAGACGCAGCAGAUUCAACUGAAUAUAACUCAUCUGAAGAAUUGUCAACUAUCUUCAAACUUAAUGAAAAUAAUGCAAAGCCUCAAAUAACUCCUGUUGAUGAAGUUCAGUCUGAAUCUGAGAAUACUAUUCGAGACGAACUGAGUUCUCCUAAACUUGUUCAGUCUAUGAAUCAACAGCUUAGGAGGUUUUCAGUGGACCAAACAAAUGAUAAUACAGCUAGUCAAAGCAACUCACUGCCAACUAAUAUUGUGCCGUGGAGAACUAACAGGCAAAGUAAUUCAGAUAAAGAAAAAAGAGGCGAUAACACGCAGUCAAAGCGCAGUUGGCACGACACUGGCACAUUGAUGUUAGCUUGCUCGUACACCCUGAUGUUCUCCCAACACCUGGCAGAUCUGGACUGGUUGACGCUGCUCGGCUUGCUCCUGGCCAUUAUUACCAUUAUUGCUAUGCUUAUAAUUUAACCAUUAAUUAUAAAAUAUAGAUGACAAAUAUAUGCAAUAUAUAAUUUGCAACUAGCAAGCUAGAUGUAUAACAUAAUUUGCACCUUCGCACAUAGGCAUACUUACUAUAAUUUAUUUUUGUCAUCGUUUGAAAGAAAUGAUUUCUGUUUGUUAAAAUCUUAACUAAUGGUAAUUAAAGUAAGAAUAAAACUGACAGAAAUUUCAUGAAAUUGCAUUUUUCGUACUGUGAAUAAUUAUAUUUUUUUUUAUUUGACCUAUAGUUCUAAUUAGGCAUUAUUUUGGUAGUAAAUAUAAUGUUAAACUUAAAUACUUUAGCUGUGAUUAUAUUUUAAUUGUCUACUUAUUGUUUAUUAAUAUAUUACACAUAAUUAAUUACUUAGUUGUGAGUGCCAAAAUUAACGAUCAGUUAGAUGAACUGUUAAGUUUAAGUUACUAAGUUGCUGUAUUAAGAGCAUGGAUUUUAAUGAUGUAUUUUUGUUCUGUGCAUGUUGUGUAGUUUUGUUGUUUUGUGUGUAUAGAUAUUUUUGUAGAGGACACUUUAAAUCAGUUUCUAAAUGAGUAAAAUUCUUCUGUUCACUUAUGAAAUAUGUAUUAUAAUACAAUUUCGUAUUUAUAAUAAAUAAGUUUUAAUAACCGUUAAUGAAUUUGAGUAUCCUACUUUUAUUUAUUAUCAUUACUUUAAUAAUAGGUUAAUGUACCUACUUUAUACUACCCAGUAUAUAAAAUAUUUUAGAAAAUAUUGUAAAUGAAUGGAUUACUCUAAUAUAGUUUAAAUUUACUAUGUAUGUUUUCAUAUUUCCGUGCAUUAUUUUAGUACCUAAAUAUAGGUAUUUUAUAUAUUUUCGAUGAUAUUCAAUGAGCACUUACCUAAUAUAAUGAUUUUUGUAAAGGACAUAUAUAAUUUGAUUGAUUUAAUAAAUACUGUUUUUAUUAUAGAAUUUAAGCAAAACGUUUAAGUUAGGUACUUGAAUGAAUUUGAAUCUUUUACAAUUUACUCGUAAUUUGUGUACAUUUAAUUUUUAUAAACAAUAAUUUUAAAUGAAGUAAUUAGUUAUAAUGAAUUAUGUCAUAAAAUAAAUGAUUACUUACGACAUGAUUUGCAAUUAUAAUGAUUUUAAAUCACCAAGGUAGAAAGAAAAAUGUAUGCAAUUGUGUAAAGAUAUAUUUAUUUCGUCUCCAAUGCUAAAUAAAGUUAAUAAACAUGUACAUCUGUCCGUUCACGAUAUCGGAGAGAAAAGUUACAAAAAAUAUUACCAUAUAAUUAUUUUAAAAGUAUCACUACAUAAUUAUCGUCUGUUUUAUCAGAACUUAAUGAAAAUAUAAAUGUAAACAUAUAAUUGUUCUGAAAAUAAGGACCUGCUGAUGUCCAAGAAUACAUAGUAUAAAGAAAAAUAAAAGAUUAUUUGAUUGAACGUUUCGAUCAAUUAAUUUUAUUUAUGGAGUAGUUCUAUUAUAAUUUCGAGAAAAAUUGAUUAUUUUUUCAUUAAAUUCUAUUAAAACAGACUGUAUAUACAUUUUAAUUUAUGAUCUUGCCAUGCUAUAAAAAAAACUACUAUAAUUAUAUUAUUUUUAUUUAAAAUAUGUUUAACAUAAAGAUUAUGUAAUUGUUAUUAAAGAUAGCAUGAGCAGAUGUAAAAUUUUCUAUAAAAGUGAUCUCUUUCAUCGAACGUAACAGUCGUUAAUUACCAGAGUGAAAAUGAUAACAUAUAUAAACAGAAUCUAGAGACAAUGUAGAGCUAUUGUAAAUAAAUAUUAGUGAAUGUCUCCAUUUUUUUUUUUACUAAGCAAUUACUAUUUUGUAUUUUUGUAUUUUUAUAACUUUAUUUCAAUAUUCUCUUACAACAAAAAGUAUCAUGCCCACAAUAGACAAAACAAAGUUAAUCCAUCAAACAUUAAUUCAUUGAAUAAAUACACUCGCGUAUGCAUACAUUACGAUAACUGUACUCAUUCCUUAUCGAAAUAAAAAAAUAAACAAAUGUGUUGCCAGAAGUAAAUUUUAAAAUUAGUUCAAUUUGUAAUUCCAUUUUAUAUCUUCUUCUUUUUCUACUUGGCUUUAUCCCGGCUUUUGCCAGGGUCCGCCUUCCGACUCAAUUUUAUAUAUUUCAUUAUCAUUAUCGCAGUCUAAAGGAACCUUGUAUUAUUAUAACACGACGUCAGUGAUAAAAAUUAUCUUGACAUUAAUUAAAUAUCUUGAGGUGAUAAUGUAACUGUUUCUUAACUUAUCAAAAUAUAAAAUAUAAUUUCCAACUGUUAAUGACUUUUUUAUGGAUGAUCAUGGGAACUGGGGUCCAUUACCAACAAACUCUUCACCUAAAUAAUAAUUAUAGUUUGCUGUUUAGUAGUGUUACGUCUCAUCAUCAUCUGAUUUAUGUUCUGGUUUACACAAUGUUUUACUUUUUAAAUUUAUCUUCUACAUUUUAGGUUAAUUAAAGAGAGUUAUGGAGACAGUACCUAAUAUUAAUUUAAAAGAAUAUUAAGCUAUGCAUAUAAACUGUAAUUAACAGACUAAUCCCAAACCUAGUGCUAGUAUUUAAUUGAACAAUUUUCUCCAAAGAGUAUAAUCGAAAUAUAAAAGUAAUUUUUAAAAUACUUACUCUGUGAGUUAUAAAGUAACUUCAGAUACACAUUCAGUGAUUAUGAACGGUAUUGAAAUUGAGCGCAUUUAAUCAAAUUCUACACAUAUUUCUAACAUUUAAAUAUUAUAUUUAUUCUUUGAAAUCUGAUUUCUUAUUUACGGCAAAUAAUCAACUUAAAUCAUGUCUACUUAUUAUUUCAUUUCAAUUAGUGACAAUUUAAAUUAUAAGUUCUAUAUAGGAUCGUGAAUAUUGGUAUUUAUUGUAUAUCUAAUAUUCUAAUAUUAUUAAUUAUAGGUCACCUAAUCAAUUAUUAUUUAGAGUAGUGCCCAUACCUCUAUAUAUUCUAUAUAUCUUCUUCCAUGAUUAUUACAUCAAUAUAAUUGUAUGCUUUAAAUUCAAUAAAUUGUUUGUUUUUAGGUGAAAACUGAUUGCCAAGAGUCUGCCUACGACACAGUGUAAGAGACUACAAAAUGUUUAUUUUAAGCCAUUUUUAAAUUAAGCUACUCCCUGUAUCCUAUUCUAUAGCUGUGUAUAUGACUUAUUAUUACUGUGUUUAUGUAGAGGCUUCCAGUUACAUUAAAAAGAGCGUUAUUUAUAUGAUAAAAAAGUUAUAAUUUAAAUAAAAAUGUUUCAGUUUAAA